CGGAGCUGGUGCAGUGGGCCGUGUCGGACGCUGGGGCAGAGGCGCUGGGUCUCCUUACCCAAGGUCAGUGGCUGGUCAUGGGCAGUUGGGCGGGCGACGUGGGCUGGUCAGCGCAGUUGUACGUGAGCUUGCUGGGUGCGGUGCAGAGCAGCAUGCGGGCGGCAGGGGUCCCGCCGCCGGCCUUCCUGUUGGAGGGUCCCCCGUGCACGCUAGAAGCCGCAGAAGCCGCUGGCCUGCCGCUGGGCUACCCUGCCACUGUUGACGCCGUGCAAACUGGCGCUGUCUUGCACCGUCUCAGCAGCAUCUACACCAACCUGGCCAACCCAGCUCACCUGGCUUACUGCCUCCGCCGGCUCCCACCGCCGGCGGACGCAACGCUAGCAUCUCGCCUCCCUGACGGCUGGUUCCCAGCCCCAGCCACGCAGCCACUGCCUUCGCCGUACGCGCCGCUAGAGGUCCCGGGCGUCCCAUGGGUCGCGCUGCCGCCACUAGCGCUGAUCGGCACGCCGCCGCUACUGCAAGGGGCCAACCGCGUUCCUGCAGUGCCCGAUGCCGCCUUGGUCGCCGCGCUUGCAGGCUUUCCGCCGCUGCCCCAGCAUCCCAGUCUGCCAGCCCUGCUGCCGCGUCAGCCACCGCCGCCGGUCCUCACGGCGGCGCUAGCCAGUUGCCUUGCGCUUCAUCGCGCCUUCGUCACACCUCAUGACCUGCAACCGCUGCAGCCUCGGCACGUAGCCGAACCGGCGCGUCCGCUGGGGGGGGGUGUCAAGUGACGUCGACGCCUUGGAGGCCAGCUUCAGCGUGGACACGCAACUCGGCUCAGGUUUGGCGGCGGCCGCAGCACUGGAGGCAGCUGCGGCUGCGCACGAUGCAGCGUGGCUGACGGUACUGGCGUGCGACGUCUUGGUACAGCGGACGCUUGGCUCGGCGGUCGUGGAAGCCACCGCCGUGCUUGCAGCGGCAGCCGAGGUGCAGGAGGAGACAGCAGCAGCGGGCAGCGAUCCUGACGUGUGGGGUGAUGCGGAGGCCAUGG